AUGGCGUGGCUGGGCCUCGCGCAGGCGCCGGCGGUGGUGGCGUUCGCGCUGGCGGCCACCAUCCUGUCCACGCCGCCGCCGGGGCCGGAGACCUUCUCCAACAUCCCGCCCACUCUCUCCGGGGACGACAAGGCGAGGGUCCGGAUCAAGCACCCCAAGUCGGCCAAGGCGCUGCAGUGCGUCUCCAAGUGCGUCGCCACCUGCAUUCGCGGCGGCGAAGGCCCCCUCAACGUCAGGAAGCCCCUCGUCGUCUUCAAGGACCAGUUCCGCAGCCGCCAGUACUGCCUGACAGAGUGCUCGGAAAUCUGCAACCUCAUCAAGGACGGCGAGGAUGGGCCGUGACCACGAGGAGAGGUUUCUUCCCAGGAGGAGCGGCAGGUACGUUCGGGCUUCAGAGAUAGAUGAUGAUGAGGGAAUUGUUCAUAGGGAACCAAGCGCGCCUUCAGCGAGGAUUGCUAUGCGGUGCACAGAUCGUAGUAGGUUGUAAAUGCAGAGCUGUUAAAUUAUCCAUGAAAACUGCUUAUGGAAUGAAGCAUCUUGCACCACAGCACCAAGUAACAGAAUCUCUACUACUCACUUCUUUUUCCCUUUUCUGUUUAUAAUUGUACAUGACACAUCAUGCAGAACCAAUACAAUUUUGCCAUAUACAUUUCGUCAGGACCAUGAAA